UCACGACCAAACCGCGCGACAUGCUCGCAGUAUCCAAGGCUACAGCUUUCCGUAGCAGACCAUUAUAUUUCACCUCGCAGUCAAGGAACGCCACGGCUGUCCUUGCUGCUCAAGAGAAAUUGGAGCCACUUCCUAAACUAUGAACCUUUUCAUUCUGAUCAAUGCGGUACUAUGGAUGACAUUAACGACUUCAUGGGGAAUCGAAGCACAUCAAGCUCCUCUGCAAACCCCGCAGCAUAUUUUGGCAUGGCGAAAGGGACGCUAUAACAUCUGUCGUACCGAUGUUUGCCGGGAACGUGCAAGAAUGAUUAAGGAGUCUCUGGACCCUACAGUCGACCCGUGCACGGACUUUUACUCUUACGCCUGCGGAGGAUGGUUGAAGAAGACCAAGAUACCGAAGACGAAGUCGUCGUACGGUAGUUUCAACGCGCUCAACGACGUACUACUGAAAACUUUGAGAGGCAUUCUUGAACGUAUACCCAUUCCCAAAGGUCGCCAAGACAUCACAGACAAAGCGGCCGUGGCUUACCAAGCCUGUAAAGCUGUCACAAGGUCGUACGACCGGGUUGACGUUGUGUAUGACAUAAUGAACUCAUCCGCACUCGGCGACUGGCCGAUAACUAGGAACAGUAUCAGCGCAGUGAAGAAAUUCACAAACUGCUCGGAUCUGCUCCUCCGAACUGGAUUUGGCCCAAUACUGCGUUACGAUAUAGGCAGAGACAGCAAGAACCUUACGACUUACGUGAUUCAGAUUGAUCAGAUGGUCUUUCCAGUCGUGGGGCGCAACCAGCUUACUCAACCAAACAAAACGGAAAACAGACGAAUCUUGAAUGCCUACAAGCGCCUAAUUAAGGCUACUCUAGAAUUCAUGUCAUUUAACAUCAGCACGGAAGAAAAAAACGAAAUUGCUGACGAACUGAUAGCUUUUGAAGGACAAUUGGCGAACCUGACGGCGCCGCCCGAAAAAAGAAGAGAUUUCCUCUCCCUGUAUCACAGGACCACCAUCACAGUACUGCAGCAUAAUUUCUCGACCUUUCCCCUUCUAGAUCUUCUCAACUGGGAGUUUUGCAAGGCCGACAUAAUGCUCACUGAAGACGAGACAGUAGAAAUCUACGCUCUGGACUACUACAAGAAAUUGGUCGAGUUUCUGGAGAGUACAAAGCCAGAACUGCUGUACAACUACAUAGGCCUCCGUGUCAUGUUAAUGUGGGCUCCCCAUGCCUCGAGGGAAAUCCGGAAUGCCCUAUUCCAAGUGAAGAAAGCAACGUCAGGCAUCCAGGAAAUGCCUCCUAGGUGGCAAGAAUGCACCGUUUUGAUCAACAGUGCAAUGAUGGAGAUUACUGGCUAUCUAUACGUAAAAGAGAAGUUCAGCCCUGAAGCGAAGAGGGAGGUUGAAGACCUUGUCUUCAGACUUAAGGAGAUUUUCCGGGCGACACUCGAACACAGCAAAUGGAUGGAUGAAGUGACGAAGCAAAAAGCUCUGCGUAAGUUGGAAAAAAUGGAUUCUAAAAUUGCAUAUCCGAAGUGGGGAAUGAACAAGACGUACCUUGAAAAGCUCUACCAUUACGUACCCCAGCUGGAUCCAACUAGCGCGUUUUUGAAGAUCUGGCAUUUAAUAGCAGUCAACAAUGGAAGAAAAAAACUGGAAAAAUUGCGCCAGCCUUACAGAAAGGACUUGGAGUGGAUUGUCGGAGCAGCAGUUGUAAACGCUUUCUACGAUCCUGCUACAAAUGAAAUGGUGUACCCAUCCGGAAUUCUUCAAGGAGUCUUCUACGAGCACGGACUUCCACGGUCUAUUAACUUCGGUGCAAUCGGGACAGUCGUUGGACACGAAAUGACACACGGCUUCGAUGAUACAGGAAGCCAGUUUGAUGCAAACGGAAGGUUAGAACAAUGGUGGACGAACGAAACUCGUACUAAGUUUGACAGAAAGGCCCUCUGCUUUAAGCGGCAAUAUGGAAGCAUCGCUGUCAAGCCUCUGAACAUGUCGCUGAACGGGAACAACACCGUAGGAGAGAAUAUAGCGGACAAUGGCGGUAUCCGGACGGCUUUCAAGGCAUACAACAAACUUCUGUACGAUAAUCGGCGACACGAAGACACACGUCUAGAGGGCUUAGAGGAAUUGUCCGGGAAAAAGUUGUUCUUCAUAUCAAACGCAAUGGUAUGGUGCAGCAAGGCUCGAGAUGGAUAUUUACGGGAACUAAUACAGUACGAUCCGCACACCCCAAACCGCUACAGAAUCAAUGUUCCAAUGGGAAACAUGGAAGCGUUCUCGACGGUAUUUAAAUGCUCGGAGAAGUCGGCAAUGUAUCGCCAGAAGCAAGACCGCUGUACGUUAUGGUGAACGAUGGACACAAUAAAUAGUUCAGGACAUCUCUGAAGGAAGAAGGACAACCAUUCAAGUUGGGCUGCUAGACUUUUAUGCUUCAAAAAUAAAACAAUUCAAGCAAUCGC